AUGCCAUCCAUCAAGACGCCCAACGGCAACUUCAACCAGAAGCUGAAGAACUUCUUCCGCAUUAGCACCAGCGAUUCCAAGUCUCACAGCUCCGAGAAGGGCCUUGAUGGCUCAUUAAAAAACAACGAUAGCAAGAGCAAUGGCUUCCGCAACACAAAGUUUUUCAGCUCCGUCGGCCGACUCCGCGCGACCACGACGGCGAGCGAAGGCAACCCCCUCGACGAGGCCAUGAGCCCGACGGCCCAUGCGAACCCGUAUUAUGCACUCCAAGGCCAGCCCGGCCUGCGACAUCACAAUGAGGGUUCGGUGCCCCCCAGUCCACCAGAAACUCCCACUUUGAAAAUUGACGGGCCUGACGGGUCACAAGCUGAAGCCACGACGAAUGCGACCAAAGAAGAACUCGCCAGGAAACUGCGCAGGGUUGCCAGCGCUCCGAACGCACAAGGCCUCUUCUCCAAGAGUAACGGCAGCGGUGAGCGACCAGCUACGGCAGAACUGGGUAAAGAACCUUUAGUUGUUGGAAAUGAUGACACUGCAAGUCUCGGCUUUGCAGACAAUAAGACGCCACACGAUGCCGGAGGCCUAGCUGUGCCCGAUAGAGACGGGCUCGGCGCAUUGCCUUCCCCCAAGAGUCCUCUUGCCUUCCGAAGGACGUACAGCUCCAACUCGAUCAAGGUUCGCAACGUUGAGGUAGGGCCCGCCAGCUUCGACAAGAUCAAGCUUAUCGGAAAGGGCGAUGUAGGCAAGGUAUAUCUCGUCAGGGAGAAGAAGAGCACAAGGCUCUAUGCCAUGAAGGUGCUAAGCAAGAAGGAGAUGAUUAAGCGCAAUAAAAUCAAGCGAGCUCUGGCCGAGCAGGAAAUCCUCGCGACGAGCAACCACCCCUUCAUUGUAACACUGUAUCACUCGUUCCAGUCGGAAGAUUAUUUAUAUCUCUGCAUGGAGUAUUGUAGUGGUGGAGAGUUCUUCCGAGCCCUACAGACACGUCCAGGCAAAUGCAUUCCCGAAGACGAUGCACGGUUUUACGCAGCUGAAGUCACAGCGGCGCUCGAGUAUUUACAUCUGAUGGGAUUCAUUUAUCGGGAUUUGAAGCCAGAGAACAUUCUGCUUCACCAGUCUGGACACAUUAUGCUUUCGGACUUCGACUUGUCGAAACAGUCAGACCCGGGUGGUAAGCCCACGAUGAUCAUGGGCAAGAACGGCGCCAGCACCUCUUCGUUACCCACGAUAGACACGAAGUCAUGUAUUGCGAACUUCCGGACGAACUCGUUCGUGGGAACCGAAGAAUACAUUGCGCCCGAAGUCAUCAAAGGCAGCGGGCAUACCAGCGCGGUGGAUUGGUGGACCCUCGGAAUCCUCGUCUACGAAAUGCUCUACGGCACCACACCCUUCAAAGGCAAGAACCGAAAUGCUACAUUUGCAAAUAUUCUGCGGGAAGAAAUUCCAUUUCCCGAACAUUCUGGUGCCCCCCAGAUUUCCAAUCUUUGUAAAUCCCUGAUUCGAAAAUUGCUUAUCAAAGAUGAGACUCGGAGGCUGGGAGCUCGAGCAGGGGCGUCCGACAUAAAGGGACAUCCUUUCUUCCGCACGACACAAUGGGCUCUGAUUCGUCACAUGAAGCCGCCCAUUAUUCCCCACACCAGCCGUGAUUCCGACACGGUCAACUUCCGCAAUGUAAAGGAGAGCGAGAGCUGUGACAUCAGCGGGUCGAGGAACAUGAACUUGAAAGGUGUUCCUCUCGAUAGUGGACUCGCAACUCCGGGUGCCGACUCACCCGCCGUCGAUCCUUUCGAGGAGUUCAACAGUGUGACGCUACACCACGAAGGCGACGAUCAUUAUGACAGUCAAAGCUCAACUGCAUACGACUCGUAG